UGAAUCUCAGAUGAGGUUACUUUCACGUGGUCAGUAACCGAGGCCACAUUAAGGGCUCAGUCCUUAUGUCUCACAGAGAACGCGUCACUAGAAGAGUUACGUUAAGAUUGCAUGUUUGCGUUCACUAGUUGAUCAUGUUACUUUCCAGUUCAGCAAUGAGACAGACUUGAACAUUUGCAUUACUUAUGUGUUGUGAAAUAGAAAGCUAAAAAGCAGAAGUGCUUCAUCCUGCAGAUGGAAAACAAUUUAAAAAGCUUUGGUUUCGCACCGAAACUGUACAGAAUGCAGGAGGGCAAAAAAUGAGCGGGUUCCCGGAGGCACGAACAUUCAUGGACUCACGAACUAAGACAGACGACAGGUGCCACGUGGGCAACUCUGUCUAAACGGGUCUUCGCUGGGACAGUUUUGCCUGCUGACAUGGUGACCGUAUAUGACCGUAAAGUGGGCAAGGAGCACAGACGGUAACGGCACAUGCUUGCAGUGUGUAAAGACAUCACAGUUCAGCUCACACCCAUGUGCGUGUUCUCUGCCCUACACGAAAAGUCAUGUCUCACUAAAAGUUACGCCUUGUGGGCCGUGCUCUGCAACUCAGGAAGUGUGCUGUCUCAUGAGAGGCAGCUGUGGAGGGCUGUGGGCACUUUGCAGCUCCCUCGUGGCGCAGCGUAGGGUACGUACACCGUCGGCGUGCAGCUCGAAGGCGAACUCCAUCCUUGAGGAGAACUGGAACAGAAAGGGCAGCCGGCUUCUCGUCUCGUGAAGAAUGGACAAACUAAAUAAAUUCACUGCUCCUGCAACUGAGAAGAUCAGGCAGCUCCAGAAGAUGGUCCAGGAUAUCAAGAAGAAUGAUGGAAGCAUCAUGAACAGACUGAAGAGGUUUCAGAAUGAACAAGCAGCUUUUAUACGCAAAACUGGGAGAAAUACAUGGGACCGAUUUAAAAGCAAACCUCCACCAAAGGUGCCUGUCAGGGACUACAGUCCCGAUGAUGACCAGGAGGGUGACCAGUGGUCGGGCUCUGAGUUUGACAGCGACACGUACGAGGAUCCGCAGGAGAACAACGAUGACAGCUACGAGCCGCCCCCCUGCGAGAGGAACAAGAGGAUAUUCCCUCCCGCCUCAUCCGCACCCUUUUCCAAAGGUGAAUACAUAGACAGCCGAGACAGGCCUGGUGAGAGCAGCGGCGACAGGCGUGGCGACAGGCGUGGCGACAGGCCGGGCGACAGGCCGGGAGACAGGCCGGUCCAGCCCCCCCGGAAACCAAUCCUCCCCCCGGAGAGGCCCGCUGCUGUCCGGCCCGACAACGAUGAUGAGGACUACAUUAACCCCGAAGAUGAAGAUGAUAACUACAUUGAUCCUUCAGAGAAGCCUGCUUCAGAUGCGAAACAGGGAGCAAAACGAAAGGAGGGGAGCCCGUCCAACAGAAGAGGAGCAGCGGUUCGGACACACAGCCCAGAUGUGUAUGAGGUACCGGACCCAGAGGAAAACUGCCCACCAAACAACAGACCAAGUGUCCAUCUAAGAAUUUCUGCUCAAAGCCUGCCCCCUGUAGCCAGUCCCAGAAUCCUCUCCAAGAAACCUCUUCCCAGUCCAAAACCACAGGAUGAAGACGAGUAUGAAGUGUGCGAUGCAGAUGAAAGUGACAGCGUUGACCAGGAAGACGUCCCGGUCCUCCCACUGAAAGCCCCGGCACCUCGGCCCAGGGACCUAAAGAGCCCAAAUCCGCCCCUGAAGCCGAAACCUGUCAUAAACACAGAGAGUGAAGCCAAACCAGUGCCCUUGAAGCGCGACAUCCCAAAUGCAACGCCUUCAUCCUCCUGCAGUAGUCUGGCAAAAACACGGUCCCCGUGCCUGCGGGAGGCCUCCUCUCCUAAACCCCCCGUGGAACAAAGGAGCCAAAGCGCGAACAAGCCGAGCGCCGACGAGAAGGAUGCAGGUGUCUAUCAGAAACCAUGGUAUGCAGGAUCCUGCGAUCGCAAGACGGCAGAAGAUGCUUUGACCCGCUCAAAUAAGGACGGGUCAUUCAUGGUGAGAAAGAGCUCUGGCCAGGACGUCCAGCAGCCGUACACGCUGGUGGUGUUUUACAAGAACAGAGUGUACAACAUCCCAGUGCGGUACAUUCAGUCUUUACAUCAGUACGCUCUGGGCAGGGAGAAGAAGGGAGAAGAGCACUUCAGCAGCGUCUGCAGCAUCAUCGAGAACCACCAGAAGAAGGCCCUGGUUCUCAUCGACAGUCAGAAUAACACCAAGGACUCCACCAAACUUAGCCAUGCUGUGAAACCCUAGUAGGGCAGCCGUACCAAGGAAGGGGGCAACCAAGGGCUUCCCUGUCACAGGCAAGCAGAACGAGACCACGUGCCGACGGACCACACACCACCUGGUUGUAGGCAUAAAACUGAAUUGCGAUAUCAUCGCUGCUCUGCUUGUUACCAAAAAAUGUUUUCAUAAGUUCACGAAAAAUCAAAUGCUCACUCGUUCAUUUCAUUUCUGACAAUGUCUUAUCCUAAUGCUGGGUUGCAGUGGUCUGGAGCCUAUUUUGGAGGCACAGGCCCCCAGCUAUGGUACCCUCCCCCAGCUGAGCUACUAGUCCACCGCAAGGCACGAACGAACAAAUCAUGCAGAAUGUUUGUUCUUAUUUGGUUUAAAUUAAGAACAUAUAAAGUGAGUUGUUGCUAAAAUUGACAUAAUACAUGUACAGUACAUGCUUACAUUAUGGUUAAAAUAUGGCCCAGUAAAAAUAGUUGGCUAAAAAGAUGGAUUUCUAACUUUGUACAGAGAUUGAAGUCAAGCUCUACUAGCAAAAGGAAAACGCGACCAACUAUUAAUUAGGUUCCUUGUCAUUUCUUUUAACAGUUAAAGAUGAUUUCCAGUUCAGAUGUUUCACUUUUCUAAUGGUCAUUUGAAUUUUAUCUUAAGAUUUAAUUGAUACUGUAAAAAGAGAUCUAAUUAUUUAAUGCUGCAUGGUAAGACAGUGAAAGUGUAAUUGCAAGUUAACGAAAUGUUAUGGUACAGUAUACCACUUAACUUACAAAAUAUACUUUGUAUGUAGCAUUAGACCUAUUCUGUUUUUAGACUGACUGUACAAAGAUGGUCCAGAAAAAAAUAAACAGUACAAGCACAGCAAUCCAGAAUGUCUCAUUCUCAAAGUAUUUACAUUUAUUACAAUUUUGUUCUAACACAAUACCACCAGGGAGUUAUACAUACAGUACAAUAUAGUGUCAAUCUGUAACAGCUUUUCAGGCACUUUGUGUAAAAAAAUAGAUUUUUUAAGAGAACCCAUCAC